GGCCCGCGCCGCCGGGUGAUCCGUGGCACCCGAGUUCCGUCCGACUGCGGCGUCGCCCCCCGCCCGGACCCCGGCGCGGCGGGCUGGUGGAGCGGGGGGAUUCCUGCCCCGAGCGGGGCCGUGCGAGCCCGAGUGAGCUCCCGUAACCCCCCCUGCUGCCAGCCACGUCCUCCUGCAUCGCCUCCGCCUGCCCCGGCCGGGGCGGUGCGGGCAUGUGUGGGCGGGCCAGACCCCUUAACCCCCCCUUUGGCAACCAACCGUCUUCGAUCGCCUCCCCCACGCUCAGGUGGGGCUGUGCCAGCUCCUGUGGGUGCCCCUGACCCCGUAAGUCCCCUGAUAACCUUCCUCCAGCUGGCCUUGUGCUCUGCAGUCGCCUGCCCAAACCGCAUUUGGGGCCAUGUGAGCCCGUGUGGGCUCCCCAGCCCCCUCAAUCUCCACAUUAUCCUUAUCUCCCUCAAGUGGCCCAUGUGGGCUCCUCACACUCCUGAACACCCCCGUAACUCCCUUCCUGGCAGCUUUGUUCUGUGCCAUCACCACCCCCAGCCACUGGUGGGGUGACCCCCUGCCCACUGCUGCCACCUCUGUGACCAAAUCACCCCCAGGCCACGGCCUGGCCUUCACAGACACGCUCGGACACAGAGCUGAGACGUGCACGGAACACACCAUGAAACCCCUGAGGGGUUUGAUGGCUUCACACUGGGGACCCCCAAUAGAGCGUGACAGGGUCACCUCCGUCCCCCAGCUCAAGUGUCACCCGUGUCACACAAAUGAAUUGACAAGUGCCACUCCAUUCCCUCUCCCUGCUGUCAUCUCAUCCCCUCUGGAGUCCCGGUGAUGUCCCAGUGCCCGUGUGCCCCUGCCCACAGGAGGGGGACGUUGUUCCUCUGCUCUCUCAUCCCAGUUUGCAGCCACCAGCACAGCCCAGCAGGACCUGCCCCACGUCCCCUCGGGUUUGGGGGUGCCAUGGCUACCCCAGGGGGUGGCAGCAGGGCUGGGGGGUGACAUGGAGGGGACAUCCCCUCUUUGGGCUACCAGAGUGGAAUGUGUGGAUGUGGGACAGGAGCUGGGGAGUGGGAUGGCAGAGGGGGUGACAUGGCGCUGAUGCUCAGAGGUGUGGGAUGGGUUUGCUUGGCCAGUGAUGCUCCCAGCACACCACACAGCCUUGGGUUGGCUGUCCCUGGUUCUGGUGCUCUCGGUGUGUGACUGCAGGGAAACACCGCGGGGUCGCUGCCCUCCUGCCCUGUGCCGGCCCCGGACCCGUCGUGCCACGGGGGUGACCCCCGACUGCCAUGGGGGCAUCCAGCCCCCAAACCCGCUGGGCCAAGUGCCACAGGUGGCCACCAGAGCUGCCACCAGGUCCUGCUUCCCUGCUCCUCGCUGUCCUCAGAUGCCUCUGUGCUGCCGAGCCAUGGUUGUGCCGCGUGGCACCGGCUCCUCGCCAUGGCCAGGCACUCGUGGGGGGUGCUCAGGUUCUUCCCUCCCUCCUUCUCCCUCCUCUUCCUCUCGAAGUUCCUGUUCCCUUCUCUUUUCUGUCCCUUCUUCCUCUCCCCCUCUCUCCCCCUUUCCUCUGUCCCUGUCCCGCUCUCUGUGCUGGCGCCGGUUCUCUCAGCUUUGCUCCGCUCACUGCCAGGAUGUCCCAGCUGAGCCCACGGUGCUGGCACUGCCAGCCCAGCCCGGGCCCAGGGAGGGGCUGGGAGGGGGUCACAGGAGGCAGAGCCUGGGGGGGCACAGAGGGAGCCAGGAGGGCUGGGGGAGGCUUUCAGCUGGGGGACGCCGGGUGGGCUGUGACCAAACGAGCGUGGGGCAGAGCCGAUGGUGGUGGUUGCGACUUCGCUGGCGAGCGGGGCCAGCAGUGCCGUCCUGGGGCUGGCAGCGCCCGUCCUGCACCCGUCCCGCUGCCGCCGCACGGCUCGUUAGCGCUGGCUCCUGUAACGAGUUGUGUUUUCUCCCCUCACUGCUCUCUCUGCUGCUUUGUCAGACUAUGCCUUUGUGCACAUGGAGAACGAAGCCGAUGCUAAAGUUGCCAUCGAAAACCUAAAUGGGAAGGAGGUGAAGGGGCGCCGGGUGAACGUGGAGCUCUCCACCAACGUGCAGAAGAAGGGCACGGGCCAGGCCCCGCCGCCCGCCCUCGGCAUCGACAAGACCAAGCGCAUCGGCCUCGAGUACCGCGAGAAGUUCCAGCCCAAGAUCGAGGGCUUCGACCAGCAGCGCCGGGCGGCCGACGCCGCCUUUCCCUCGGCCGCGGGCGCCGGCUACGCCACCACCCCCUCCCUGUACGAUUACCAGCAGCGCUUCGGCGCCAAGUACGACGCCUUCAACGCGCAGCCCCGGCCCGCCUCCCCCUCCUACUUCGGCAGGGACCGCAGCCCGCUGCGGCGCUCGCCCACCCGCGCUGGCUACGCGGCGGUGACGCUCCCCAUGACGGCGCAGCCGGCCGCCUACCGCGCCCAGCCCUCGGCCUCGCUGGGGGCCACGUACCGAGCCCAGCCCUCGGCCUCCCUGGGCAUGGCGUACCGCCCGCAGCCCACCACGGGCCAGGCCGCUGCGUACCGCGCGCAGCCCUCGGCCUCGCUGGGCGGCGCCUACCGCUCCCAGCCCUCGGUCGGCUCCCUGGGCGCCGCGGGCACUCAGCCCGCUGCCGCCAACUCCCUCGGCUCCUACGGUGCCCAGCCCGCCGCCGCCGCCUCGUACGGUGCGCAGCCCGCUGCCGCCAACUCCCUCAGCUCCUACGGCGUCCAGUCCGCCGCCCUGGCCUCCUCCUACGGCGCCCAGCCCGCCUCGGGCUACUCGGCCGGCUACAGCGCCCAACCCGCCAUCGCCGCCUACGGCGCCCAGCCCGCUGCCGGCUCUGCCAGCUCCUACAGCACCCAGGCUGUGGCCGUGCACGUGGCGUCCUACGGCACCCAGCUGGCCGCAGGCUCCUACGGCGCCCAGCCCAUGGAUGGCCACGCCGGCUCCUACGGCGCCCAGCCCGGCACCGCGCUGUCCGCCGGCUACAGCGCCCAGGCCGUGGCGGUGCACGCCAGCUCUUACAGCGCCCAGGCCGUGGCCGGUCACGCUGCUGCUGCCUACCAGCCUGUGGCCGGUCACUCUGCCUCCUACGGCGCCCAGCCCGCGCUGUCAGCUUCGUACGGCGCCCAACCCGCCGUGGGCCACUCGGCCUCGUACGGCGCCCAACCCGCCGCGGGCCUGCCCGCGUCCUACGGCGGCCAGCCCGCGGCUGCCGCGCUCCCUGCCGGCUACGGCGCGCAGACAGGCUCCUCACUGGCCGCGUCCUACGGCAGCCAGGCCGCCGUUGCUGCGGCCUCCUACAAGGCACAGGCGUCCGCCCCGCUGACGGCCGCGUACCGGGCUCAGGCCUCCGGCGCCAUGGCGGCCUCCUACCCGGCGCAGCAGCCGUCCUCCGCCGUGCUGGCGGCCGCGUACCGAGCCCAGCCGGGCAGCGCCUACGACGGGCCGAGCCAGCUGGGGCAGCCGGCAGGCUCCUACCUGGGCCUGGCGCAGGCCGCCGCCGCCGCACCGCCCUACGAGCGCACCCGCCUCUCCCCGCCUCGCAGCGCCGUCUACGACGACCCGUACAAAAAAUCGUCCUCUCUGGCUAAAAGGUACGGCUCCGAGCGCCGUCUGUCCGAGCUGGCCGAUUACCGGCGCUUAGCGGACUCGCCGCUGGCGUAUCGCCGCUCGCCCACCAAGUCCCCGCUGAGCUACCGCCGCCUGCCCGACGCGCACAGCGAGUACGCCCGCUACUCGGGCGGCUACAGCGACUACAUGCCCCCCGCCCGCGUCCACUCGGGCUACCAGCGCCGCCUCUGAGCCGGCCACGGCCCCGCUCGCCGCCCCGCCGGGGCACGGACGGUUUCUUUUUUUUCAGCCAAUUUUUUCUGGUUUUGCUGUUUGAGAUUUUUAGAAGGUUCCAGGUUACGGUUGGCAGCGGCCGCGUGGUUCAUCUCCCGCCGGCGCUUGGUGCCGGUUCAUAACCCGCCAACGAUGGCGGCCGUGCAGACUCUUUUAUACCACGAGUUUUCCCGUUUUUUGGGCGAAUUCCCCGUUUCCAGCGUUGGGCCCAGCACGGUGCUGGGGUUUUUUUAUGACUGUAAAUAAACGCUGGGGUCUGCUCCGGUU